CGCAUGGCUUUAAACCCGAUAACGAACCGACAUUUGGAAAUGAGCGUUUACCAUCGAAUGACGGAAAAAAGCUGAUACAAUGUGUUAUUUGUGAAGAAACAAAAACAUGUUGCACAGUAACCAGGAAAACGCCCACUGGCAUUUUGUUGUUGUUUUCUUUAUUGCUUUAAGUUCGUGUUAUGUUUUCGCGGAAAGUUGGUGUUCGGCUAUCGAGAACAACUAUUAUAAUAAAACAUUGAACGUAUGUGUCUUAUGUAAAGAAUGCAGAAAUGGGAAGGCGAGGAACUUUUCUGAACAGUACACUGGACUCAAGGGAGGAUAUGGUGACGAGGGAUGUCUGCCCUGCAGGCGGCCUCCCCCAGGAUACUACAUCCGGGUCUCGGGAAAACAUCCGGCGGUCUUUUAUCUGUGUAUGACGAACUGUACGGCACUCUUCCGACGUCAGCAAACGCCGUGCGGUGACUUUACUGACGCCGUCUGUGGCUCGUGUUUUGCAGGCUAUCACGAUGAGACAAACAAUGUCAAUUUAGCCUGCACCAAAAUGAUUCGCUCAACUACCACAACGGUCAAAUCAACACUUGCAACUACCCUCAAGGAAACAGGACAACGGAGCAACGACAGUGUUAUCACGUUUGAUGCUCGCACUGGAGCUUUUGCAGAUGACAAGGACUUCUUGUCAACAACGCAGCUAAUAGUGGGCCUGUCAUGUGGAGGUGUAUCAGCAGCUGGUUGUUUGGCUGGUGUGCUUCUGGUGUGUUGGAAGAAACGGCCACAACGAAAAUGUGAAGUCAUACGAGCGAAAGAGAAGCGUUCAGAGUUAGAGCAAGGCCUGCUGGCUGACAAUCACAGCGAAUGUCAUACCGGGCUGAACAAUGAUGAACGCUGCUCGUCACCCAUUCAGUCGACGGAGGCUGUUUAUAACCAAAACGAAUCAAAAGAAGCGAUGGAAGAACACUCGAGGUCAAUACAAAUAGUUAGCAGAAACCACAAUGCAGACAACCAUACUGACCUGACAAUGGACGGUGAUAAAAGGCCGACGAGGACUGAUCCCUGUCGACCAGAGCUGUCCAUGCAAAGUGUAUUCGUUACAGAUUGCCAUAAUGCACUGCCGUCCUACAUAAAUCAUCCUUUAUCGCGAUCUACAGAAUGUACGAUAUGUAAGUGCCGCGAACGAAGACAGUGUGCCUGCAAAAGACUUUCAAAACAAUAUACAAACAUAAAGAUGCUCGAUCUAAUGGGCGUAAUCGACAUUGUUGCCAGACACAUCUGCCACGACCCAAAAGGUUUCUUUCAAAGUCUCGAAGUUUUAAACUCAAAAUAUUACCAAACAUUUGUCUCUAUUGAUAGAUGGGAACUUAGGGCGGAAUGCUACCGCGAGAUGCUCAAAGAAUGGGUUCAUAUAAAAGGGGACCAAGCUUAUGUCUCCGAUUUGAUAGGAGCACUUUGUGAGCAUAACUUUCAUGACAUUUGCGAUGUGAUUGCUAAUAAUUUUCCCGAUGAAACGCACUUAAAAUACAAAGUCUACACAGAAACGGGCUUGGUGUAAAGCUUAAAGGGAGAUUUUUACAGAUUUUGGCAUGUAUGAAAGUUUGUUAUUAAAUUCAAAAAAUUGAAGAAUGUAAACAUUGAAACUAAAGCCCAGUAUAAAAACCUGACUAAAAUUAAAGAAAUAUGAAAAGUUAUCCUCAACUGGGCUCGAAUCACUUACCCUUGGGGUAAAAGUCAAGCACCUACACCACUCGAUCAUCCGUGUUCAAACAGUGAGAGGUGUAUUUUAUACUUUAUACAAGCGACCCUCGUAGUUUUCACGGAUUUAUCUUAACUACAACAAAAAUUUGCAAAUCUGAAACUUUUUGUUUCAAUUUUGUCAAUUUUCCAAAACGUGCAAAGGUCCCAUUAAUGCAUGGUUUGUGUCAAAUAUAUGCAUUCCGAUGAAUGAACGGAGUGAUUGAACUGCGCAGAAACUAAUAAAUAUGUAAACUGUCUACAUAUAAUUGUCACCUUAAAUUUAAUCGUAGCAUAGUACACUUAUAACUGAAAAUCAUGAAUAAUAAUAAUUAUGAUUUCGAAAACCAUAAAUAAAUAUGUUGAUCCAAUCACUGCUUCACUAACAGUAAUCCAUUUCCAAGCUAAUAUUUGACUUUCGUCAAAUCAAUGUCUCAUAAAUAUUAAGUAACAAGUACUGUUUUGAAGAAAGUAUACAAAUGAUAAUGUUGACUUAAAUGCAAAAUGUAAGGUUUAAUAUAAAAUGUAGCGUUACCUACAAAAAGGCAACGAUGUCAAAUAAUCAGGUGGGCGUUUCUGUGGCAUUCCAAGAAUUUAGUGCAGAUAUUGAUCCCAUUGCCAUUAUGUCAGAUAAUGUAGCAGAUAUUUGCUUAUAUCAAACGUGUGUUUUGAUGUUUGUCAUUAUUGCUGUUUUUGUUUUUACAUAAUAGAGACUGGUACUCGUUUCUUCAAUAAUUGUUUAUGAAAAACAAAUGCUGAAAACUA